GACUUUUAAGAAUUCCUGCUGGAGUGUAGGCCACUUAUACCUUGCCAUGUGGUUGCCUUGUUUUUUAUUUGGGUGGGCCACUGUGUGAAACAGGAUGUUGGACCAGAUGGGCCUUGGGCCUGAUCCAGCAGGGCUGUUCUUAUGUUUUUGUUUUUUGUUUUAAUAGUUGGAUGUUUCAGUCCCAGGUACAGAGCAGCUGAAGCUUUGCAAUAAAAAAGGAGUGGUCAAAGCCUGAUUGUUUCAGAGUCUCCAACAAUGUGUUCUCUCACUUUUUUUCAUCUGUGCUCAGAAUGAGUUUUGUUCUGGGUGGCAGUAUCAAGGCAGAGUGUGCGCACAUGCACUCAGAAUAGGAUCUUCCUGUUUCAUCCUGAGCAGGAUAUAAGAUUAACUGAGUGGAUAUCAAAAAAAGUGUGCGUGUGUGCACGUCUGCAUGCCUUAAAGGGAACUCUGGUCUCGAUUCUUCAUUCCUCUACAGAAAAAGUUUGUACGCUGUUUAAUUGUAUUGUAUUUUUAUUUACAUAGAACAAUAAUUAUUAGAAGAACAAGAUAGUUACCUUUCUACAUUGAGCUGAGUCAGAUAGAAGUGACAAGGGAUGAUGUUCUAAACUGUCUGGAAAAACUGAAAGCUAACAAAUCACCAGGGCCGGAUGUCAUCCAUCCAAGAGUCCUCAAAGAACUCAAAUGUGAAAUUGCCGACCUCCUUGCUAAAAUAUUUAACUUAUCCCUGAAAUCGGGCUCUGUACAAGAGGACUGGAGAGUAGCUAAUGUAACACUGAUUUUCAAGAAGGGAUCCAGAGGCGAUCCGGGAAAUUACAGGCCGGUUAGCCUAACGUCCGUUCCAGGCAGAUUGAUGGAAAGCAUCCUCAAGGAUAAAAUUGUAAAGCAACUAGAAGAACAGGCCCUGCUGGAAGUGAGCCAGCAUGGCUUCCGCAAAGGAACUAAACAACUUAAACAUAUUUUGCUGAAAGAUGUGAACACCAUUUUUGAAUGUAAACUGUGCCGCAGUCUCUUCAGAGGACUACCAAAUUUAAUAACCCAUAAAAAGUUCUAUUGUCCUCCAAGUCUCCGAAUGGAUGACAACUCUCCUGAUGUAAAUGAUAAACAAAGUCAAGCCAUAAGUGAUCUGCUGGAAGCCAUGUAUCCAAGAGUGGACAAACAAGAUUAUAUAAUCCGGCUGGAGCCUAUAGAAGCAAAUCGGAAUGCUGUGUUUCAGUAUGUUUCAAAGGCUGAUAGCCCAGUUGAGAACAUUGAGGUGAAUGUCACUCCUGAUGAAGCUCCUGUAGAAAUGCCAGAACCUAGCACAGAACCAACUAAGGCAGUUGCAAUUCCUUCAGAAGCAGAAACUGUGGAUACUCCUUCUCCCCCGCCGCCACCGCCGCCACCUCCUCCUCCUGCUAAUAAAGUAAUCGUGACUCCAGAAGAACCAGCCCCAUCCUCAAAACCUGAGUUGGAAUGUGAUGAUAAUUCUGAUUCCAGUCAUCACUUAAUGUGUUGUCUGUGUAAAAAACAAUUUCAUUCCAGACGCAGUGUACGCAGACAUAUUAGAAAAGUGCACAAAAAGAAGAUGGAAGAACUAAAGAAAUUUAUUGAACUUAAGAAAAAGCCAAAUCAGGCUCCUGGAAGGAUGCGCAAUAGGAAUAUUCUCUUAACAUUGGGUAGAAGCUGUCCUGUAUGUUGUAAAUCCUUUGCUACAAAAGCCAAUGUAAGGAGGCAUUUUGAUGAAGUUCAUAGGGGACUGAGAAGGGAUUCCAUUACUCCCGAUAUAGCUACAAAACCUGGGCAGCCUUUGUCCUUGGAUACAACUUCUAAAAAAUCUCUUAAGGCCCAAAAACAAAAAUCUUCAAAGGCUGAAUACAACUUAACGACAUGUAAAUGCCUUUUGUGCAAGAGAAAAUAUAGCUCCCAAGUCAUGCUCAAAAGGCAUAUGCAAAUUGUCCACAAAAUAACUCUUUCUACAAAAAAUCCUAAAAGAGAGAGAAAGUCCAACAAUACUAUUAACACAGAAGUGAAAGUUAAAACUGAACCAACAGAAUCUGCAGAAUCGGUGCCUUCCAUAAUCAAUUCUCCACCAAAUGAAGUGAAGGGAACAAAUAAUUCUAAUGAAAGAAAGAACUCACUAGCUGCUGAAAGGAAGAACACUGGAUCUGCUGAAAGGAAGACUGUAUCGUCCACUGAAAAAAAGACUGAAAGAAAAGGUGCGGCAUCCACUGAGAGAAAAAGCACAGCAUCCAGUGAAAGAAAGAGCGUGGCAUCAAGUGAAAGAAAAAGCACCCCAUCUGCUCAGAAAAAUAAAGUUAAACAAAGCUCUGAAAAUUCCAAGUCCAGUAAUCAGUCUGUUGCAGGUGGUCCAAAAAAACCCAGGAAACCCAGACUUUCAGCUGGCUUUGAUUUCAAGAAGCUUUACUGUAAACUAUGUAAACGCCAGUUUACUUCUAAGCAGAACUUAACAAAGCACAUUGAAUUGCACACAGAUGGAAGUAACAUAUAUGUUAAAUUCUAUAGAUGUCCUCUCUGCACUUAUGAAACACGCCGAAAGCGUGAUGUGAUAAGACAUAUAACCGUAGUACAUAAAAAGUCUUCACGUUACCUUGGUAAAAUAACUGCAAGCUUAGAAAUCAGAGCAAUAAAAAAGCCCAUUGACUGUGUUCUAAACAAGGUGACAAAAAGAGGCCCUCGGAGGGAUGAAGGAAAACAAAAUGGUUCCAAACAGGAUGUCACCUCUAACUCUCCAAGUAAAAAGUAUGAAGGAACUGAAGUUGGAAUUGAAGUAAAAGUCACAAAAAAUUUUUCUCUGCACAGAUGCAAUAAAUGUGGAAAGGCAUUUGCCAAAAAAACUUUCCUAGAACAUCAUAAGAAGACUCAUAAGGCAAAUGUGUCACAUUCACCUGAAGAAAACACCACAACCAAAGGCAGAAGUACAAGGUCUAAAGCUCUUGUUUGGUGAAGAACAGCUAGUGCCUUCUUAAAUGUUUGCCUAAAAUUGCCAUUGAUACUCCUAACUCAGCAUGCUUUUCUUCAUAGAUCAGAUGUUGUAGGAAAUACAAGAAUAUUGUAUUUAAUCUUUUCAGCCAAAAUUGUUGCUCUAAAUUGAAACAAAGAGUACAUUUCUGAAGCUGUUAUUCAGGACACUAAAGCCUAGCACAGUUUGAUUUGUACAGGGAUGGUUCUUCAAGGUUCAAUUCUGUAUUGAAUUAUAUUGGCAUAAUGUUCAGCAGUAGGUACCAUAGUCCAAAGGUUUUUUAAAAAAUUAACUUUGCACUUAAUUGGUAUUGGCCAGGCCAUAGGAAAGCCUUCAUGGUUCGGUAUAACCUGCAGAUGCUGUGUUGCCUAACUCUAGUUUAGUGUAUUUUUGAUAUAGAAUUUUCACAGAAGUGCUAAGAAAUUUUUGACUAUUAUAAAUUGACGAGUUAAUAGUAGUAAUUCAUUGCAAAACGUUUGCAUUAAAAUGCUUUUUCUCUGUCAUCACAAGAUGCCAUUCUCUUAAAUUCCUGCUUUAUCUGUACAAGGUUUAUUAGUAUUUGGUUCUUUAUAUUUGUAAUUUUAACCAUGAUGUUUUCACAGGCCCUGUUUAAAGGGGGGGGGGAGUUUCAGAUAUUCUACAGUUCCACUUUAUGCAAUAGAAAUAUAUAUUUAGGAAAUGGAGAAAAUCAGUCCUAAAUUAACUUGUUAUAUUUUUGAUCUGAAAUAUUUUUUGGCAUCCAGCAGUCAAGGAGAGAGCAGUUUUUUAAAAACUACUGCUUGAGGAAUCUCUUGUAUCUAAUCAUUUAACAGAUGUUUGUUAAGAGCACAUAUCUGUGGAUACUUCAAUUCCAAAGUUUCAGUUACCUGAAGCUAGCUCCCCAGAGUUAAACCACUCUUGGAUUCUGAUUUUAACAUGAAAGGAUUAUAUGUAGACAAGCUUCAAGCUGUUUUGAAGCCAUCCUCGGAUUUUGUAUUUUAAUUUUUGCAAAAACAAUAAACACAUGGGUUAUUACCAAAUCUGCCAUCAGCUUAUCGGGGGUGGGGGGGAGGUUAUUUGAUUCUUGUAUGAUAAGCUGUCAAUGCUGCCCCUUUUAAAUCCCCUUUUUAGUUGACUAAAGGCUAUAUUGGCAUAUGGAUUUUUACUUAACAUCAAAUGAUGUGUGGUAAAACUUGGAAGUGGAACCACUACUGUCUUGAAUAGUACUAUGAGAAGAUGAAAAUAUAAAUAUUUUUAUAAGCUAUUUUCUUACUAAAUGUAUUGACUGUUUGUAAUGGCAAUGCCUUGUCCAACAAUGGUCCAAUUCAAAUGCUACACUAGAACGUAACUGCAUGACAACCAGGAGCCUUGAGUUCAUAUGCUCUUGCCUUCUUGCCAGCCUUUGCGCACAAGGAGAGUAAGUCAUCUGCUCUCCUGGAUUUGUCAUGUUGUCAACACUUGGUUAUUUUAUCCAUGUUUAUGAGCAAGCCAGAAUGUGAAUCUCCAGUCCUGGCUUGUUGUAAACUCUGGUUAGAACUGACAGCAAGUCCCAGCUCAUUCUAAACCACUAGUGGAAAUUAAAACAAAACUUUUCCCCUCUGUGUGGUGAGGAGAGAGCAGGUAAGCCCAAGGCACAUGCUCAUGUUUAAACCAUGUCACCAUCUGAACUGAGUCAUUGUCAACAGAAAUGAAACUGUAUUAAGCAAUUACCCUUAGAUGUAAAAACCAGCUGUCCUAGUUCAUGAAGUUCGAUAGUGCUGAUAAUAGGAAAUGAAUAUUUUAAAAGGGAAACUUAGAAACACUUUUGAAAGGCCUAUUUUUAAAACGGUUAUCAACUGGAGCAUAUGUUCCAUAGAUGUGGUUCCCUACUUAAUGCUCAUUUUGCUGAACAGAUUUUAUGUUCGUUGUGAUAUACUACUAAGCAAAAACUUGCUGUGUGAUGUACUUUUAAAAAUAUUUUUUUAUAAAUGAAUGUAUAUGAGCAAAAAGUGUGUUAGUGUCAUUUGUAAUCAUUCUAGCAUUUGCUCGAAUUUCAGUUCGUUGGGUGGCAUCCAGACCUAACUCGGAUAAAUCUUCCUUCCUGAGUGUCUGGGGCGGGGUGGUGGUGAGUGCUCCCAAUGGUCCCACGGCACAGAGUGGGAUGCACUGCAGUAGGAAGGGCGACUCCUCAAACGGGACUGAGACCUCUUCAUUCUGCUUAUGGAAGUAGUUUGCAUCCACUUUCCAUGAAUUUCUUGUUAGUCUUGGAGCCACCAGCACUGCAUCCCACUCUGUUGCUGAGAGUCCCUCAACCCUCAGGAAACCUGAGUGAGAGGCUGGGAGGAGGAAUGGGCGGAAAUGCCUUGCAUGAGUGCAGCACUUGUGUAAGCUGGGGAUGCUACCCAUAAGUGAUUGAUGGUUGGGAGUAUUAAGCUUGACUGUACUGAACUUGCUGCAAAGAUCCAUAGUAAUUUUUGCAUACUUAGCAUAUUGGACAGUCUUUCAUAUGGAAGUUUACAAGCUACCCACAUUCCCCUCUUUUAAUUGUGUUUAAUGUUUUUGUACACAAGCACUUUAAUAGUUGCAGUUUAAAUUUCUUUCAGUGAUUAUUUUGACAAGAUAGUACACUAAUAUUCAUGUGAAGAUAGUAUUUGGGAUUUAGACAACUCAUAUGCAACCAUUUUAUUUGUAGUUCCUUAAAUAUUGUUUAAAAGGAAGAUAGUGCAAGGAUAUAUAUAUUGCCCUCAAGAUGUUGAAUGACCACUGUAGGUAGCACUUGACUUUCACUGUAAAGUUUGUAAAAGGCUUGCUUAUUCUUAUCUAUUUUAUAAUCAAUUAUAUAGCAAAACAGUAGUGUACCUACCAUUAUGACUUUUUGGCAGGUUUCUGCGCAUUUUUUUAAAAAUUUUUAGAAAAUGUUUAGUGAUUUGUGUCAAAUUGCCACAAUUUAAAAGGUACAGUACAUCUGAAGAAAUGCCGUUUUUUAAUAUUGGUUGACUCCCUUCCUUAGGGAAAUGCCUAAGGAAUGCUUGUCCAUAUAUACUUUUUGUAUAAAAUAUAUCUAAAAAUGUUGAUCAUAAAUAAAAAUAUUCUUCUAUGGAUAGAUAAUUGUUGGGCCUUUUAGUGCUUUGCACUAAAAUAAAAACCUGUGAAUGGGAAAUAGACUGUGUUACUGAAAAUGUUAUAUGUUGAAUGUACAUGCUUCUUGGAUAAAUGUACUUUAUUUGGAAAUAAAGCAGACUGGAAGUUAUUUCAGCUAAAUGCA